UUGGGCUUUCACAAUGUAUAACACGGCCACCCAUUCCGUUCUACCACAGUCGCUUCCAGUCCUCCUCGCAUCUCUUUUGCUUCGUGCAAGUUCUUGCAUGCACUAUGGUAGUGGGCCACGUCCAGUUCUGAACCGCGGUUCGAAGUUCGAACCUGAGCGAAUUCUGAUCCAGAAUUCCAUCAUGGGGAACCGAACCGUUGGUCCGACGGUCCACGGUUCAAGGACUUGCGGUUCCGAACCUGUUCGAACUGAUCAGUGUUGUGCGCAUGCUGCAGGUGCAACGAGCUCAGAUACACUGAUCUGUUAUUGGCAGAAAGGACACACCAACCUGAACUCGUCCAAGUGGGCUUGGUGUCAUUUCGUUAGUCAAUGACACCAAGUCUAUUUGGACGAGUUCACCGUACGGGACGUACCGUACCUACCGAGACUGGCGCCAAUUUCCCGAAGCGCUGUCCAAAACAGCUUGGGCUCAUAUGUUCUUCUGCCUUGCUGCAGCGUGGAGGACUGCCCGCAUCUUCAUCAUAUUAGGCACGAUUUUCCGUGGACCGCCAAUGGCGACUUUAUCAAAUUCACGGAUUUGGGGAUAUCAGCAUUUCCGAGCAUGACAUGCUCGGCCCAGUUACUCCUCGUCAAGAUCAAUGACAUAGGCUCCGUUGGAAGUUUCGGCAUAGGUUUCUGUAAACUGCAGGUCUGGCAAUAUCAUAGCUUUGUCUGCCGUUGUCUACAGCGCGAUAGAUCGAAUGAUUUCACUUUCUUCUGAGUAGCACAGAAUCUUAUCACCUUCUGAAAAGACCGCUUACCUUGUCUGUUUCUGCCCCUCGCCACUCAGUGGCACUCAUCACUG